ACCCAGGUGAUUAUGGUAACAGGGGAUCAUCCCAUUACAGCCAAGGCCAUUGCCAAGGGUGUGGGCAUCAUCUCAGAAGGCACUGAGACAGCAGAGGACAUUGCUGCCCAGCUCAAGAUCCCUGUCAGCCAGGUCAAUGCCAGGGAUGUCAAAGCCAUUGUGGUGCACGGCUCAGAACUAAAAAAUAUGAACUCAGAGCAGCUUGGUGAGAUCCUCCAAACCCACACUGAGAUCGUGUUUGCUCGGACCUCCCCCCAGCAGAAGCUCAUCAUUGUAGAGGGAUGUCAGAGGCUGGGAACCAUCAUGGCGGUGACAAGGGACGGGGUGAACGACUCCCCCGUGCUGAAGAAGGCGGACAUCGGCAUUGCCAUGGGCAUCGCUGGCUCUGACGUGUCUAAGCAGGCAGCCGACAUGAUCCUGCUGGACGACAACUUUGCCUCCAUCGUCACAGGAAUGGAGGAGGGCCACCUGAUCUUUGACAACCUGAAGAAAUCCAUUGCCUACACCCUGACCAGCAACAUCCCCGAGAUCACCCUCUUCCUGCUGUUCAUCAUCCUCGGUAUCCCCCUGCCUCUGGGCACCAUAACCAUCCUCUGCAUUGACCUGGGCACUGACAUGGUCCCUGCUAUCUCCUUGGCUUAUGAGUCAGCUGAAAGUGACAUCAUGAAGAGGGUUCCACGGAAUCCAAAGACUGAUAAGCUGGUGAAUGACCGUCUCACUGGCAUGGCCUACGGACAGAUUGGGAUGAUCCAGGCUCUGGCAGGAUUCUUCACCUACUUUGUGAUCUUGGCUGAGAAUGGUUUUAAACCUACUGAUCUGCUGGGCAUCCACAUCAGCUGGGAAAACUGAUACCUCAAUGACCUGGAGGACAGCUAUGGACAACAGUGGACCUAUGAGCAGCGCAAGGUGUUGGAGUUCACAUGCCAAACGGCCUUCUUUGUCAGCAUCGUGGUUGUGCAGUGGGCUGACCUCAUCAUCUGCAAGACCCGCAGAAACUCUGUCUUCCAGCAGGGCAUGACAAACAAGAUCCUAAUAUUUGGGAUCCUGGAGGAGACGUUCCUGGCUGCUUUUCUGUCCUACACUCCAGGCAUGGACGUGGCCCUGCGAAUGUACCCACUCAAGAUAGCCUGGUGGCUCUGUGCCACUCCCUACAGCGUCCUCAUCUUUGUCUAUGACGAAAUUAGAAAACUCAUCAUCCGUCGUCAUCCUGGCGGCUGGCUGGAGAAAGAGACCUACUACUAAACUCAACAGAGGAAGAUCUUCACAUGACAUCAGGGUGUCCUGAGCGCCAGGUCGGGGAGGGUUGGGGUAAUGAGUUUGGGAAAACAUCUGAGAGUGCACCUUAGUUGGGGCAGGGAGAUGCCAGGAGGAAGAACCUUGGAUGAGAGAGACAGGUGAUCCUAGGGCUGGGUUGAGGGCACCAUGGAUAGGAGAUGAGCUGGGUUGACGGGAGCCCAGCCUGCAUCUGACUGGAGCCCAGCAGGGGGCUCAGUAGCCAGUCAAGAGAGUAAAUGUUUGCAACAACCCUUAGCUCCUGGAUGUGUCGCAUCUGAUUUUUGGAGAAUGGGGAUUACUGUGACGCUCUCUCCCUAGAUCUUCAUGGGAGCCAGACAGGGGAAGUCUUUCAGGGACCAGAGUCGAGGCUGGGAAGGGAUCAGAAUCAAGCAUCCUUGCCCCUUGAGGGCUACCCCCUCAAAGUCACUCUCCAACCCGACAGAGAGCAAGGACAGGACAAGUCCUGGGAUCAGAGAAACAGAGGAGGUGAGAGAGGAGCAGGGGAGCCACACCUUACAGAGGGGCCACAGCGCCCACUCAGUCCCUCAGAUCAACUUACAGACUCAUAGACUUUUCGUGCUAGACCUUAUUUCAUCAUGAAGAACAUGAGGUCCAGAGAGGUUAAAUGACUUGGAAGGGGCCACGUGGUGAGUGGUGAAUGUGGGGCCGCUGCCCCGCCUCUGAGGAAGGGAUUGAUGUUCCCGUAGCCCCAGUCAUUAGGGCAUCUCGACCCCAUCCCAGCCCUCAGCUGUUUUCUCUGGCGUAACCUUGAAAUAGAGGCUGGAACAACGCUGAAUGGAUCCCUGUAGACUUUACUCUAGGCAAAGCACCCGCCCCCUCAUGCCCCAGCUCCAUACAGGUGAUGGAUGUUCCCCAAAGCCUGGCCUCUGAGCCUGGGCCCGGCACUUGCUGCGUCUCAGGCACGUGAGGAGUCCCCGGGAGACUUUCUCUCCUGCCCACCCUUGGCGGCAGCUCUUCCUUCCUCUUCACCCACUCGCUGGCUUUUGCUCUGUGAGCUGGUCCACUUUUCCCUGUGGAUCGGUUCACUCUCAGGCUUCUUUUAGAGGAGAGGGUUGGCUGUGCCGAACAGCAUACAGAGAGAGAGAAAUGCUGAGAAAAGCUGGUGGAAAUCGUAGACUGGCACCAAAAACAAAGCACAUGUGUUAAGUGACUGCACAUUCUGUCUGGCGGUAGACAAAGGCCUUACUCACACCAUCCAUUAAUCCAUACAACAAAUACAUUCUUACCACCCCGCCCGGUUUUAUAGAUGGGGAAACCAAGGUCUGUCUGAUUGCAGAACUUGUGCCCUCAACCACUUUUCAGGCUAGUCUUACGAUGAAGGCUGGGCCAAAAAUAUCCAAAUGCAAAAGAAAAAACAUAAGAUGGUGACAGAGGAAGGGCCGUGGACGAGUCUGGAGGAUGAGAGGCCAUGGACUAGCAAAGGGAAGGCUGUCGUAAGGUACACCAGCCACUCCCCCUACAUCGGGCCCUCAUCAGAGAUCUCUCUCCCACCUGCUCCCCUCCCUCCUCCAACACGAGGUCUCCUAGGGACAGGGCUGUAUCAGUCUGGGGUCCUUCCCCGAUGCUGACAGGGCUGAACCAGACCCUGGAAGACGGAGGGGCCAGGGUGUGUGUGUGUGAGGUGGGGAGGGGGAGCAUGGAGGGGCCAGCUCCUCAAGUUUCAGUAGCAGGAGCUUUGGGUGUCUGGUGGGUUAAAAAUACAGAGGCCCCAACUUAGGGUCAUUUGAUAUCGGUGGUUGAGCCUGAAGGCAGGGGCCUAGAGGGAAGAAUUUGAAUAGAAGGUAUAGAGCAAAGUAUGGGAGAGGAGGACAGGGAGGAGGGGAGGGGUGCAGCUGCUGGAAAGGAUCCGGGUGGCUCUGGAGAGCCAGGGCCAAGGAGAGGGAGCAGGAUGGGAUGAAACAGCCUGGUAGCUGCAGAAGAGGAGAGGGAAUGGAGCAGGCCUGGCUCACCAUUUCGUCCCAUCUCACACCCUGGGGGUACGAAAGGUCAGAUUCAGGAUGGAACGGGUCUAAGGUCCCAAUGUCUCUGUCCCAGUGUCCCCCUCCUCCAGAGCACAGCAGAAGAAGUUGGGGCUGGACGUCAUCUAGGUCAUGUACGUCCGGGAGGCUCCACCUGUCUCUCCUGCUGUCUUUGCUCUGGUCAUGGGGCUGUGGGCACGUUGGUCGCUCUCUUGAGAUGGGUUCUGAGGUCUCUCCAGCUCCGGCAUGCCCUGCCUAGCUACCUCUGGCCUCUCCUGCGCCCAUGACAGCUGUCUCUCUUGGACCCACUCCUGCCACGUUCUUGAGAUUUUCCCUGGCCUUCCUUGCUUAGCCGUGUAAGGUCUGCCCUGUGGGAGUGCGGAAAGGUCAUUCCUCUAACAUAACUUCAUGGUGCAAAACACCCUCUGUGCCUCCAACAUCGGAGACACCUCAGGGUGGGCAUGGGGGCUUCUGACUUUGAUCUAGCCUCUCUCUGGUCUCCCCCGUGCCUCAGCUUACCUGUGCAUGAGCCCUGGAGGGCCGUGAAGAGGGUCCUUGAAGGUACCCAGAGCUGAGCCCAUCCACUCCGCCCUCACCCCCAGGCUGGGAUCCAGGAAGUUAGAGCCCCUCCACACCAGCUCUGCUUUGGCUCCCAGUGCACAGAAUUAAGCAGCAUCCUUGGUUCGGGGCACAGGGCUCCACCUCUUCAUGUUUCCCAGUGUUAAUUUUUUCUCCUACCGUUGAUACCUGAUCCUUUUUGUCUUGUCAAAGACGUAGGAAUGAAUAGUCACAAUUC